UAGCUGCACUUCUUCACUUCUUGGAUCCCCUGUUCACCUUCAGCCAUCUUAACCAUGUUGGGUGCUGUGGGACGAUGCUACAGCGGGGCUCUGCAGGCGUUUAAACCCGGUGUUAACGCCUUAAAGACAAUCGCAGCGAACAAUGUGGCUCUUAAUUCGAGCAGGGCUUAUGCUGCCCCAGCUGCUCAGGCUGCAAUUGCCAAUGGCCGCAUUGUGGCAGUGAUUGGUGCCGUGGUGGACGUCCAGUUUGACGAGGGUCUGCCUCCCAUUCUCAAUGCCCUGGAGGUGGCUGGUCGUGAGAGCCGGCUGGUGCUGGAGGUGGCACAGCAUCUGGGCGAAAACACAGUCAGAACAAUUGCUAUGGACGGAACAGAAGGCCUGGUCCGUGGUCAGAAAGUUCUGGACACAGGAGCCCCCAUCAGAAUUCCUGUGGGCCCCGAGACCUUGGGCAGGAUCAUGAAUGUCAUUGGAGAACCCAUUGAUGAGAGGGGUCCGAUUAGCACCAAACAAACUGCUCCUAUUCAUGCUGAAGCUCCUGAGUUCACGGACAUGAGCGUGGAGCAGGAGAUCCUGGUCACUGGCAUCAAAGUGGUGGAUCUGCUGGCACCGUAUGCCAAGGGUGGAAAGAUUGGUCUUUUUGGAGGCGCUGGUGUGGGCAAGACUGUGUUAAUUAUGGAGCUGAUCAACAACGUUGCCAAAGCUCAUGGUGGUUACUCUGUGUUUGCCGGAGUGGGAGAGCGAACUCGUGAAGGAAAUGACUUGUAUCAUGAAAUGAUUGAGUCUGGCGUCAUUAACCUGAAUGACAACACCUCUAAGGUGGCGCUGGUGUACGGGCAGAUGAACGAGCCCCCAGGUGCCCGCGCCAGGGUUGCUCUUACUGGUCUGUCUGUUGCUGAAUACUUUCGUGAUCAGGAGGGACAGGACGUGCUGCUCUUCAUCGACAACAUCUUUAGGUUUACCCAGGCUGGAUCAGAGGUGUCUGCCCUGUUGGGUCGUAUCCCCUCUGCUGUGGGUUACCAGCCCACCUUGGCCACUGAUAUGGGUACAAUGCAGGAAAGAAUUACCACCACUAAGAAGGGCUCCAUUACCUCCGUACAGGCUAUCUAUGUGCCUGCUGAUGAUCUAACUGACCCUGCCCCCGCCACAACUUUUGCUCACUUGGAUGCCACCACUGUGCUGUCCCGUGCCAUUGCUGAGCUUGGUAUCUAUCCUGCUGUGGACCCCCUGGAUUCCACCUCCCGUAUCAUGGACCCCAACAUUGUCGGGGGAGAACACUACGAUAUUGCUCGUGGUGUGCAGAAGAUACUUCAGGAUUACAAGUCAUUGCAGGAUAUCAUUGCCAUCCUGGGUAUGGAUGAAUUGUCUGAGGAAGACAAGCUGACGGUCGCACGCGCUCGCAAGAUCCAGCGUUUCCUGUCACAGCCCUUCCAGGUAGCGGAGGUCUUCACUGGCCACAUGGGCAAGUUGGUGCCUCUUAAGGAGACAAUCAAAGGCUUCCAGAGCAUUCUAGCAGGUGAAUACGAUGCCCUUCCAGAGCAAGCUUUCUACAUGGUGGGUGCCAUUGAGGAAGUCGUUCAAAAGGCUGCGAAAUUGGCAGAGGAGCAUUCAUAAGUGAUUUAUCUGCAGUGUUAGAAAUCUGUAUCGGAUAGAUGUUUGUACAGA